AUGCCGAGCGCCGCAGCAAAGAAGAAGGCCGAGCGCAAGAAGCAGCUUGAGAAGGAGCGAAUGGCCAAGAAGCUCGGCAAGAAGGAAAACGACGAGGAAGAAGAGGCCGAAACCCAAGAGGAAGAGAAGGUCUGCCCGGUUGGGAAAGUGACAGAGAAAGUGGGAGAGCUGAAUGCGAGAGGCACAUCUGGUGUUUUGUCCAGUCCGGCGCUCUCGGCUGAUAUUCAUAUUCACAAUUUUACCAUGUCCUUCCACGGGAAAGUUUUGUGCCAAGACACAAACUUCGAACUCAACAAUGGAAACCGAUACGGUCUUCUGGGAGCCAACGGCUGCGGAAAAACGACCCUGAUGAAAGCCCUGGCCGAGCAGGAUAUUCCUCUUCAGAAACAUAUUGAUAUCUUCUACCUAAGUCGGGAAAUGGAAGCGUCGGAUAAGACACCACUCGAGUGUGUCCAAGAAGUCGAUGAAGAACGAACGCGGUUGGAAGAGGAAGUUGAAUGGAUGAUGACGGAGGAUCCUGAGAAUCCACGUCUCAAUCAGAUUUACGACCGUCUGGACGAACUCGAUGUCGACAAAGCUGAAGCCAAAGCAGCGCGCAUCUUGACCGGUCUGGGCUUCACCGCGCAAAUGCAAAAGAAAAAGCUCUCAGAUUUCUCUGGUGGUUGGAGAAUGCGUGUCUCGCUCGCUCGAGCGCUCUUCCUCAAGCCGUACUUGAUGUUGCUGGAUGAACCGACGAAUCACUUGGAUUUGAACGCCUGCGUUUGGCUCGAGCAAGAACUCAAAACUUACAAAAACAUUUUGGUACUGAUCUCGCACUCGCAGGAUUUCCUCAACAACGUCUGCUCCAAUAUCAUUUACAUGACCCAGUCGAGGAUAUUGCAGUUCAGCGGCAACUACGACACUUUCAUCCAAACACUGACCGAGCAGCAAGAAAACCAAAUGAAGAAAUACUCGAAAGAACAAACCGACAUCGCGAAGAUGAAAGAAUACGUCGCUCGCUUCGGUCACGGUUCUCGAAAACUCGCCAAACAGGGAAAGUCCAAAGAAAAAUUGCUGAACAAGCGGCUGGCCGAAGGGCUCACUGAAGCUGUUUACAGAGAGAAGACCGUUUCCUUCAAGUUCAAUAAUGUCUCCUCGCUGCCGAGUCCGGUCAUGAUGGUGCAGGGCGUGUCCUUUAGGUAUAAUGAAACGACGCCUUGGAUUUAUGAUAACUUGGAGUUCGGAAUGGAUUUGGAUACGAGAGUCGCUCUUGUAGGACCUAAUGGUGCUGGUAAAUCUACUCUUCUCAAGCUUAUAUCCGGAGAACUCCUCCCCACAGACGGAAUGAUUCGGCGACACAGUCACUUGAAAAUCGCUAGAUAUCAUCAGCAUCUUGCCGAUCAGCUCGACUUGUCUGCUUCUCCUCUUGAAUACAUGAUGGCCCAGUAUCCCGAGAUGAAGGACAUCGAACAGACGCGAAAGAUAGUUGGUAGAUAUGGAAUCACUGGUAAACAACAAACGACGCCUAUUGGAUGUUUGUCGGAUGGACAAAGAUGUCGAGUCGCUCUCGCCUGGCUGGCGUGGCAAAACGGCCAUUUCCUCCUCCUCGACGAACCUACAAACCACUUGGAUAUCGAAACCAUCGACGCCCUUGCGGACGCGAUUAAAGCUUUCAACGGAGGCAUGGUCUUGGUUUCUCACGAUUUCAGACUGAUCAAUCAGGUCGCCGAAGAAAUCUGGGAGUGCCGAGACGGAGAUAUUCACAAAUGGCAGGGAGACAUUAUCGAGUACAAAGAGCAUCUGAUCGCGCACAUGGGAGACGAAAGCGUCAAUAUGGCUCAAUCGGCCGAUAAUCGAGUCAGGGCGAAAGCUAAAACCGCUGCUCCAGCUCCUGCUCCAGCUCCGAAGCCAACAACUUCGAUCAAAAUCGGCUUCGCUCCUCCCGCUAAAACCGCCGCUCCAGCUCCUGCAGCAGCUUCAAAUGGUGCCGCAAAGCCAACCGGCGGCUACGUCCCACCUCAUAUGCGAAACAGACAGCAAGCUCCUCCCAGUAAAGCAUCAGAAAGUGACGAUUGGUUCGGAGACGAUUAG